AUGGCAUGGGAGAAAAUGGCGAAAAAGAAAAAAUGUGUGAUACAAAUCAAAAACAAAGACGCCCUCUGUCUGGCAAGAGGUAUUGUCACCAUGAAAGAAAGAGCGGAUGAGGGGUCCCAUUACCAUAAUCUAAGACAAGGAAAACCCAUUCAAGAACGGUGGGCGCGUCUCCUGCAUCAAGAAGCAGGUGUUCCCGAAGGCCCCUGCGGGUUCGAGGAAUUGCAAAAAUUCCAAGAUUUCCUCGGACCACACGGGUACCAGCUUAUCGUGGUUGAACCCUCAAAAUGUUUAGUGGUCUUUAAAGACCCCACCUAUAAUGAAGCACCCCAUGUGAUUGGUCUCGUCAAGUAUAAUGGGCACUAUGAUGGAUUAACAAGUAUUCCUGCCCUCAUGAACAGAUCUUAUUAUUGCCGCCAUUGUGAUAGAGGCUAUGAUAGAGAACAGGCGUGUCACCAUAACUGCUUUGGCCAAAAUUGCUCGGCCUGUUGCCGUCAAAAUAAAACCUGUCCAAACUUUGCUACCUGGGUUAAGCCUACCGUUCAUUGCCCUGACUGCAAUUGUAUGUUUUAUGGGCAAGAUUGUUUUCAAGCGCACAAAACCAAAGGAAAGAAAAGAGGAGACGAAAGUAUUUGUGACAGAUGGAAGAAAUGCCCACUCUGCUGCGCUGAAUAUCAAGUCAAUCCCAAAAAACCACACAAAUGCUACCAUGUAACUUGCAGAAACUGUGGGGAAUUUACACAUGUCGCUCACCGUUGUUGCAUUCAGCCCAUUAAGGAAGAAGUCCCUCCACAGCCACGAGAGGACGCCUUUGAGGACCCCAUGUAUUUUCAAUUUGAUGAUGAUGAUGAUGAUGACGAUGACAAGAGAGGCCCCCCACCCCCACCUGUCUUGAACUUUGCAGAUAUAGAAUGUGCAAUCUCCGAGGACCGCGUGUUUCAACCCAACCUCAUCUGCUGGUCCAGUGAAGAGGAUGAGGAGACUCAUCAUGCAAGAACCAUUGAAGAAUUUUUAGAAGCUUGUGAGGCACUAACAGAAGUCGAAGAUGAUGAUCGACCCAGAAAAGUCAUCACCUUUUUUCAUAACCUCCGAGGUUUUGACGGUAACUUUGUUCUAGAAGCACUCUAUGAUCAAGGUCGUGCUGUGGAGAAUGCCUUAACCCAGGGGGCAAAAAUUUUAUAUUUUGAAAGCGGUGACCUCAUUUUUAAAGAUAGCCUCAAUUUCUUUGCCAUGCCCUUGGAAAGAUUUCCAGCUACAUUUAAUCUAACAGAGCUUCACAAGGGGUUCUUCCCGCAUGCCUUCAAUCGCCAAGAAAAUGUUAAUUAUUCAGGAAGUUACCCCCCAAUGGCAGAGUACGACCCAGAUGGAAUGAAUGAUAAGAAAAGAAAGGAGUUUAUGACGUGGUACCAGCAAAAAGUAGAGAGUAACGCCACCUUCAAUUUUCAAGAGGAGUUAUUAGCCUACUGUGAAAGUGACGUGAAACUUCUCAAAGAAGGGUGCCUUCCCUUACCAAAUCCAACACUGUUUUGAAUGUAAUUUUAAGCUAUUUUUGAAAACUGUUUUCAACCUGUUUUGUGAAAUAGGUUUUAAAUAGGGUAAAAAGUGUAUUUUUAAUGUAUUUUUCGACUGCUUUUAAAGGUGUUUUAACCUGUUUAAAACGCUAUUAAAAAAGAAUUUUUAAAGUAUUUUAAAAUGCUUUUAAAAUAUAUAAAAAAUUCCAGGGCUUUUGCAAGGCUCAAAACAGGUCAAAAACAGUUUUUAAAUACCUUAUAAAUCGGAAUAAAAACAGGAUACAAACAGUUUCAAAAACAUAUUUUAAUUUACUAUACUAUUUUAAACCUAUUUUUAAUGUCAAUUUUAAACGUAUUUUGAAAAAAACAGGUUUAAAAUAGGUACAAAAAUAUAUUUUUGAUAUAUUUUUCGACUGAUUUUAAAGGUGUUUUAACCUGUUUAAAACGCUAUUAAAAUGUUAUGCUUCAAAAUAUAUUUUAAUAGCUGUUUAAUCGGUUUCGAAAUUUAGUAAAAUACUCGUAUUUGCAAAUACAAUAAAAAUACUUUGAAAACAGUAUUAAAAUACCACAGAAGAAGAAAAGCAAUAGCACACAUAUAUUAUGAAUUAAAUACAUCAAAAAUAGGAUGCAAAAAUGCAAAAACAGUAUAAAAUUGUAAGAACAUAGCCUUAGAGUUGUCUGAAAACAGUAUAAAAAUCGGUCGAAAGAGCAUAAAAAUAGUACAAAAACAGGAUGGAAAUACCAUUUAAAUUCAUGAAAUAAAAUGAAUACAAAACCGUCGAAAACCUGAAAAAGCAAGAUUUACCUCGGCGAAAUUUCUCCACACAGUCCUAGGCUAGGACUUCAAGAGAAUUAUCUCUUAGCCGAUUACUUUACGUUGAUUUCCCUAAGAAUUCUCGGGAAAUUCUUAUGGAAUUUUUCAGAAAUGCUCAAAUCAAUCUCUAGCCUGUGUACAGACCCCUUCCCUCAAUAAAACUCGGGGGGGGGGGGGGGUAUGUACACAGGCUAUCAACCUUUGGCUUCAAAAGGGUAUAACGUUACUGACGUUACCGGUAAAUAUUAAUCUACAUGCAUGUAACUUACAUUGUUUAUUAUAUUCACGGCUUUACUCAAAUAUCAUCAGAAGCUUAAUGCAGGCUACGCCUGAACAUUAAUUAGUGGCUGAUAAAGAACAGCAUACGAAUAAAUUUACGCGAGAAUGAAAGAGGCCGGUGACGUGACAUCAAGUGACUGAGAUCAUUUAUACAAAACAGCGAGUCUCUGCAAGGAAUCCUGUAAAAAGUAAAAUUGCCAUACGGGCGCGACUAUAUAAAUGUUUACUACCCUUCAUUUGUUUCUCAUAUGGCGUAUAUCUAAGCGUCUUAGUAACAUUGUAUAUUUAAUACUUACAAUUAGACUGUUGGACUCUUCUCCUGAACCAGAACCUUUCAAAGUACAUAACAGUCGCUGAGGAGUUAUAACCAUUUUGAUUCGUGAUAAAAGCAACAUCUACGUGUUCCGACAAUCCGCAGAGUUGGAGUGUACUUUUGUAAGAUCAUAACAAACAGUAAAAUCAAGCGCAUUUAAGCUCACAGCAACCGCCCGGGAGCAACCGCCGGUUCAAUAAUUUGAAAUGAGCAAAGGACAAAGGACGGUUUGCUUAUCACGUGCAUUUGUCACAUCACCGCGGCGCGAAGUCGUGAUUUCAGUCGCGCGUGACAUCUCAAAAAUAAUAUGCCAUGCAUGUGCGGAAUAGUCUAUGAGAGAAAGAUAACCAUAUGUCGGAGUUUAUUCAGAUCUGAGCGUUGUUUCUUAGUGCAAUAUAUACGAGGUGAGAUCUUAGCUUGGAUAUAGUUUGUUUUAAUUAUUAUGAAAUUUCAAGGACUUAUUUUAGACAAAUCUCAAUUGACCGCGUGCAUCCGGUUCUCGACCCGCGGCUUCGGCUGUUUGCGAAAAAUUUCUACAUGAAAAUUAAAAUGUGAUUUUAAGAAUUUUCUUUUAAAAAAACUUAUGGAAUGUCCCGUAGCUGCAUUAAUUGAAUCACGGCUAAAAUCUAGGCGGAGAUUUUCGCAGAGAGCUUGCAGGUAAUGAACAUUGAGGAACGCGGAUUGAUCCUUUAUCGGCACACUGUCACAGUUACGUGUUGUCAGUCAAAGCUAAAAUCUAUUCCUAAUUUUCUUCUCUUUUUUCAAUUUCUUUUUGAUUUGCUGGGAGAUUUAAUUUUUGGCUCCGCCUCGAGCUUUAUUGAGAGAAGAAUCCGGUCCACAAUAUGACAGCUUGUUUUGAGUCAUUUAUGAACUCGUGACACGAAUAUGAAUCCUUAAAAAUUAACUUUGUGCAAUUGUUACUUUUAUAGUCUGAGUAUAAGUAUCCCAAAAUACAUUACAAUAUUGCACCUCAAUAAUAAUAAGUAAUAAGUACCCUAUUUUAAAGUAUUUAAAAUAAGGUCAGCAUUUGAUGUCUUUCAGCAGACUUUAAAUAUUUUAUGUACAAUCUGUUUUUAUAGUCAGAGUGUUGUGUGCCCAAAAUACAUGCAAUUCAAAUAGACCUCAAAACAGUGUUUAAGUACCCUAUUUAAAAGUAUUUGAAAUGCGGUCAGUAGUUAAGGACUUAAAACAUAUUUCAAAUAGUCUAUUUGAACUCUGUUUGUAACUUUGUGAGUGGAUGCGUCUCAAAAUACAUUUUCGAUACAACUCAAAACAGUGUUAAAGUACCCUAUUUAAAAGUAUUUAAGAUACGGUCAGCAUUUAGGCUCUCAAAACAUAUUUUAAAUAGUCUAUUUGAAUUAUGUUUGUAACUUUGUGAGUGGAUGCGCCUCAAAAUACAUUGUAGAUGCAACUCAAAACAGUGUUAAAGCACCCUAUUUAAAAGUAUUUAAAAAACAGUCGCAUUUAAGCCCUUAAAACAUAUUUCAAAUAGUCUAUUUGAACUCUGUUUGUAACAGUGUUAGUGGUUCUAUGCCCAAAAUACAUUUGAAAUACCCUAUUUUAAUCAUAUUUGUUAAACAAAAUACAUUGUAAAUUGAUGAGAGAGGUUUUCCUUUUGAUGAAAUAUAAUUUAACUACACUUAAGAUAUAUUCCAAACAGGGGCGAAAAUUUAAAUUUUUUUGUCAAAUAGGAUUAAAAUACAGGAAAAUAGUAUUCAAAUACUGAAAAUAUAUUUUAAGCACUUUAAAAUCAGUUUCAAAAUACAUAUGGUUUGGUAAGGGUUAAAUUCGUGAGAGAAUUUAAAGAUAUCGCUGGCUUUAACCCCCUGAUUCAAUCCGUGACCAUCGCCUCAGCGUGCAACUACUUCUGGCGCAAGGAAAAACUUGAAGAAGACCUCAUCGCCCUCGAGCCUCUAGGUGGAUGGCAUGGAAAUCACAUUAACCAAAGUAACAUCGCUCUGGAAUGGUUAUACUUCCAGGACCACCAGAGAGGAGGUAUGGGGCGUGUCCGCCACGUGCGUAACGGAGGGGAAGUGCAAGUCCUCACAGCAGCAGAAAGCUAUUAUGUAGACGGUUUUGAUGAAGAAACCAACACUGUAUUUGAGUUUUAUGGGUGCUGGUACCACGGCUGUCCCCAUUGUUUCAAGCACUACAGAGAUGUGAAAAGAAACUCCCACCAAGACCGCACCGUCAAUGAAGUAUACGAUGCUACCCUGAAAAAAGCUCUCCUGCUACGCCAAGCAGGGUAUACGGUCGUGGAAAAGUGGGAAUGUUUCUUCAAGAAAGAAAAGAAAACCGACCCAGAGUUACAAGCGUUUCUCCAAGAGUUGGAAAUGGUCCCUCCCCUCAAUCCACGUGACGCCUUCUAUGGAGGAAGAACAGGUGCAGUCGAAUUACAUUGUAAAGUCGAAGACCCUGAUCUCAUUAAAUAUGCAGAUGUGACGUCACUUUACCCGUGGGUCAACAAGUAUAUGGAGUACCCCGUCAGGUUCCCCCUCAUCUAUACGAAUCCUAGGGAUCAAGAUAUUCACCACUAUUUUGGCGUCGCCAAAGUGGACAUCUUGCCCCCCGAGUUUCUGUUCCACCCUGUCCUCCCCUACAGAGCUGGUGGCAAGUUGACCUUCCCUCUCUGUGCUGCUUGUGUGAAAGAGGAACAAGAAAAACCGUGGUUAGAGCGAACCAACAUCUGUUGUCACACGGAUCAAGAGAGAACCCUGAGAGGAACCUGGGCGACAAUCGAAUUACAGAAAGCUGUCGAGUUAGGGUAUCGCAUCCUCAAGAUUCAUGAAGUGUUCCAUUUCAGCGAAGAGGAUAGAAAGGUGGGGCUCUUCGCGGAUUAUGUAAACACUUGGCUUAAGAUCAAGCAAGAAUCGGCGGGAUGGCCAGAUGACUGUCACACCCCAGAAGACAAGCAGAAUUACAUCAGACAGUACCAGGAGCGGGAAGGGAUCACCCUUGAAAACGUCGCCAAAAACUCGGGAAGGAAACAAGUGGCCAAAAUGAUGCUCAACUCGUGAGUAUUUGUUUAUGUUUACAAUAACUUAACAUGCACUAAAAGUCUGCAUUUUAACCUUGUUAGUGGCAGGAAAAGUCUGCAUUUAAGAAACACCGUGUUGAAAGAAAGUACAAACACUCUUUGACCUAAAAAUUAGAAGGAAAUGUAUGGAUAAGUUGCAGACAAAGUCUGCAUGUUAACCACGUAAAAUGCAGACAAAGUCUGCAAGUUAAGAACCCCCAUUGAUUUGUUUUUUGUUGUUGUUGUUUUUCUCUUUGUCUCUCCAUUUUUCUAGCUUCUGGGGCAAAUUCGGAGAAAGAAGCAACAAGUCACAGACUCAGAAGUGCCCAUGCCCUCUAUGCUCUGCUGAAUGA